AUCAUGGCAAGAACCAAACAGACCGCUCGUAAGUCCACCGGUGGAAAAGCCCCGAGGAAGCAGCUCGCUACUAAAGCCGCCCGUAAAAGCGCCCCCGCCACCGGUGGAGUCAAGAAGCCUCAUCGUUACAGGCCCGGUACCGUGGCGCUGAGAGAGAUCCGCCGUUAUCAGAAGUCCACUGAACUGCUGAUUCGCAAACUGCCUUUCCAGCGUCUGGUGAGAGAAAUCGCUCAGGAUUUCAAGACGGAUCUGCGCUUCCAGAGCUCCGCCGUCAUGGCCCUGCAGGAGUCCAGCGAGGCUUAUUUGGUCGGUCUGUUCGAGGACACCAACUUGUGUGCCAUCCAUGCCAAGAGGGUCACCAUCAUGCCCAAAGACAUUCAGCUGGCACGCCGCAUUCGUGGAGAGCGCGCUUAAAUCCACAGCGGCGUCAUUCACAUCAACACCAAAGGCUCUUUUAAGAGCCACUUCAGUUGCACUCAACGAGUCAAUUUCUGUUUAUUUUCAGUUUGUUGUUAUUAUUAAUAUUUGUUUUUUACGAAAUGAGAUGGUUUUGCUGUUCUGUGUUUUGGUAGAAUUUGAAACGGUCCACAUGUGCUGAUGUAAUCAGAAUGAACGUUAUUGCCAAGUAUGCUUACACAUACAAGGAAUUUGUCUUGGUGACUGGAGCUUCCAGUGCACAACAAUACAAAGACAGCGGUAAUAAUAAAAAAAAAAAAA